AUGGCGAUACUCCCGUCUUGCCUUCUCUCUUCAGCCGCCCUUCCCACUCGCCUGCUGCCCAGCGUAAUCGAAAUUCAAGAAUCCUGUUUCGCGCUCGUCUAUAACGCGUACGGCCUGCGACUCGACCAAUUCCACGUCGACAAUCUCACGCUCGUCUCCUGCUGGGUCCCCGCUUCUCGCGGCGGCAAACCCGCCGCAUCACCCGCCGUCUCUUCCGCCGCAAUUCCCGCGAAACCGCCUCUGUUGCUCCUCCACGGCUUCGGCGCGUCGUCGUUAAACCACUGGAUUAAUCAGCUCGCCGCGUUUUCCCGCCAUUUCGACCUCUACAUCCCAGACCUGCUGUUCUUCCGCGGCUCGUACUCCCGCGAUUCGCGGCGCGACGAGCGGUUCCAAGCGGAAGCGAUGAUCGCGCUGAUGGACCGGCUGGGCAUCCAACGGUGCGCCGUGGUCGGCGUGAGCUACGGCGGGAUCAUCGCUCACAAAAUGGCCACUUUGUUUCCCGAGCGAGUCACUCAGCUAGUGCUGGGAGGGGCGGGCCUCAUGCUUACGCGGGACGAGGUGCAGGGGGUGCUGCAGCACUGGCACGCCAAAACGCCCCCGGACCUAUUCCUGCCCACCGACCCUAGCGGCCUGCUUCGGCUGAUCAGGCUUGGGAACAACGAGGCGCCGUACCUCCCGGAUUGGCUGCUGCAGGACGCCUUAGAGGUGUUGUUUGAGAACAGGGAGGAGAAGGCAGGGCUGCUGGAGGCAUCGUUGAGAGAGGCUCAGGCCAACGCACAGCACCCAGAAGGCAUCUCUGUGCCAUCAAUGCCAACCCUGCUUGUGUGGGGAGGCAGCGACCAGCUCUUUCCCCAUUGCCAUCGCCCAUCGCAUGCACCACUUUUGCCCUGCCCACGUUCCUCCCCUCUUCUACCUCCAUCCCUCCCCACAUUUCCCCUUCCCACCUUCCCCCUCUCCACCUUCACCCACCCGCCCAUUGCUCGCACACAUGUUUCCCUUCUCCCUCUUCCCCCAAUCUGGCACUUCGGCUCGUCCUGUCGCUUCUCUCGUCUUCCCAUCUUCCCCCUAUUCACCUGCGCCCCUUCUCAUUGCUCAUACGCAUAUUUUUGCCUUACUCCAUCUUCCCUUCUCCCUCUUCCCCCAAGCAGGCACUUCGGCUCGUCCUGUUGGCUUGAGGUCAUCGAGAAGGGCGCUCAUGCCAUUCAGGCACACAAAGCAGCAGCGUUCAACAGCUCCGUCCUCUCCUUCCUCACCCACCAUCAAUGA